CUCGAUGAACUAAAUCCGGUGUAAUCGGCUUUCAACAGAGACGGUACUUCCCGUACUACUAGUACUUUACUAGUACUACUAGUGAUAGUAUCAACUGAGGACUAGAUUUUCAUAUACGAUACACAAUGAAUGAGCCAGAAAUUUUGACAGAGGUACCAGGGACACUGAAAAGGCUGAUUAGAUUGGUUGUCCGUGGAUUCUACAGUCUGGAACAUGCGAUGAUCAUUGACCUUCUAGUGCGGAAUCCUUGCAUGAAAGAAGAUGAUAUUGUAGAGAUUCUCAAGUUUGAAAGAAAGCAACUCAGAGCUCUGAUAAACACUUUGAAAACAGAAAAAUUUGUAAAGACUCGAAUGAAAAUGGAAACUGAUGCUGAAAACAAAUCCACUCGGCAGACAUACUACUUUAUCAAUUAUCAAGUGUUUGUCAAUAUUGUCAAAUAUAAACUAGACCAUAUCCGCAGAAAGAUUGAGAUGGAAGAAAUGCACAACACUAGCAGAGCCUCUUUCAGAUGUCCCACUUGUGAAAAGACUUUCACAGACCUUGAAGUUAAUGAGUUGUUUGACAUGAUGAGUGGGACAUUUCGUUGUACAUUCUGUGAGAAUGAGGUAGAGGAAGAUGGCGGAGCAUCAUCAGUCCAGGACUCACGGACAUUACUGGCCAAAUUCAAUGAACAGAUACAGCCAGUAUAUGACCUACUACAGAAGUGUGAUGACAUUAAAUUAGCUCCUGAGCUAUUGGAACCAGAACCCACAGAUCUCAACAAAAUCCACAAUAGGUCACAUUCAUCAAAGACAGCCAAUAUAGACAGGGAGGUUUGGAGUGGGGACAAGAAUCGUGCCGUCAAUUAUAACCUGGGAUCCAACUCCACAGUCACCAUCAGUAUGGGAGGGGAGAAUGAGACAGAUAAACAAGAGGCAGUGAAAAAGGUCCCUGUCUGGAUGUCACACAGCACGGUGGAGGGAGCGCAGGAGGACAGCAGGAGCCCCGCUGUUAAUGAGGAUUUCAAACCCAACCACAUGGAUACAGCAAAUCGCUCAGCGGUCAACAGUGAAAUUGAAACAAUCCUGUACAUUCAUGAGAAGAAGGGCGGGACACAAGGGGCAGCCCUUCCUGGACAGAAAAAUGAAAGCUCCAGUAGUGACUCGGAGGAAGAAACACCAAAAUUUUCCACCCCUUCUCACCACUCAGUUGAGGAGAUGGAGAGUGAGGAGGAAGACCCUAUGGUUAUGGUUGCUGGGAGAAAAGUGUCCCUCCAUGAAGUCACAGAUGAAAUGGUGACUAAAAUGUCUCCAGAAGAGAAAGCGGAGUACAUCAGGCUGGGACGAGAGCUGUAUCAAAACAUGUACGAAUGAAGUGUUCAAUUCAUCAGGCUGGGACAAGAGUUGUAUCAAAACAUGUACGAAUGAAGUGUUCAAUUCAUCAGGCUGGGACGAGAGUUGUGUCAAAACAUGUACAAAUAAAGUGUCAGUUCAUCAGGCUGGGACGAGAGUUGUAUCAAAACAUGUACAAAUAAAGUGUUCAGUUCAUCAGGCUGGGACGAGAGCUGUAUCAAAACAUGUACGAAUGAAGUGUUCAGUUCAUCAGGCUGGACAAGAGUUUUGUCAAAACAUGUACAAAUAAAUUGUUCAGUUCAUCAGGCUGGGACGAGAGUUGUAUCAAAACAUGUACGAAUUAAGUGUUCAAUUCAUCAGGCUGGGACGAGAGUUGUAUCAAAACAUGUACGAACAAGAGGUACUGUGAGCAAUGCUCACUAAGAAUACCCCCCGCUUACCCCAAUCUCCCAAAGGGUGUUGGUAAUAGGUAUAAACUACCUCUUUUCUGAGUGUAAAAAACAAAUGGCAUGACAAACUGAACCAUAUUGCUACUUCGAUGUCCAGUGCACGUGACCUUUGACCUUUUGACCCCAAAAUCGAUAGGGAACAUCUUCAUCCCAUGGGUAGUCCAUAUGUAUGAUAUGGUGACUGUAGGUGGAAAGGAUAACGCUUUAGAGCCCGGAAACCAUAUUGCUACUUCGAUGUCCAGUGCGCUUGACCUUUGACCUUUUGACCCCAAAAUCGAUAGGGAACAUCUUCAUCCCAUGGGUAGUCCAUAUGUAUGAUAUGGUGACGGUAGGUGGAAAGGAUAAUGCUUUAGAGUCCGGAAACCAUUGCGUCUACAGACGGAUGGACGGACAGACGGACAACCCGAUUCCAGUAUACCCCCCCCCCCCCCCCCCCCCCACAACUUGUUGCGGGGGGUAUAAUGAAGUGUUCAAUUCAUCAGGCUGGGACGAGAGCGGUGUCAAAACAUGUACGAAUGAAGUGUUCAAUUCUAAAAGCUUUAUAAAAAUAUGUACAAAUAUAGCAUUUGAUUCAUCUGAUUUGGAUAAAGACUUUCUCAAAGUAGGGAUUUUCACUGUGUGUCUUCUAAAUGACAAAAUGAUGUGACAUUUGACAUGUUUUAUAGGUCUUUGUAAUUCCAUGUACCAGUUCACAUAAUGCCAAUAUGAUGAAUUAGAAAUGAAUUUCACUUGUUAAUUAAAGAAAAUUUGACAUUUGCA